UUGGAUGUUUUGAAUCGCUGCGGGGAGUUCAUCAUAAUAAUGAUGGCGGUUCAAACGGAGAGUAGAAUCCCGCUCAGUGCGCUUAAUCCAAAGUACCUUCACACCAACUCUACUAGCCACACCUGGCCGUUCAGUGCCAUAGCAGAGCUAAUAGACAAUGCAUACGACCCAGAUGUAAAUGCCAAACAGUUCUGGAUUGACAAGACAGUUAUCAGAGGUCAAGACUGUCUUACUUUCAUGGAUAAUGGAGCAGGGUUGGAUUAUGACAAGAUGUAUAAGAUGCUCAGUUUUGGCUUCAGUGAUAAGGAGGCUAAAAAUGGCCAUGUCCCUGUGGGCCUCUAUGGCAAUGGAUUUAAGUCUGGCUCCAUGCGUUUGGGAAAGGAUGCCAUUGUGUUCUCUAAGAAGGAGGGGUCCAUGUGUGUGGGCCUGCUGUCCCAGACAUACCUUCAUAAGAUUCAAGCAGAGAACGUCAUUGUGCCCAUUGUCUCAUUCAAACAUAUUGGACAGUCAUUCCGUCCUGAGUCUCAGCAUGCUGCAAGCCUCCAAGACAUCUUGCGCUACUCUCUGUUCCAGACGGAGGCAGAGCUACUCUCAGAGCUCAAUGCCAUCAACGCACACUAUUCCUCUGGCACCACAGGAACACGAAUCAUCAUCUGGAACCUCCGCAAAGCGUUGACAAACAAAUCCGAGUUUGACUUUGACGUAGACCGUUAUGACAUCCAGAUUCCAGCUGAUGUGUAUGAAAGUGAAAAAGAGAUAUACAAGCAAUCUUGCCACACAUUGCAGUCAAGCCCAGAGAGUGACUUUUCCCUUAGGGCAUAUUGUAGCAUCCUGUACUUGAAGCCUAUAAUGCAGAUUAUUAUUCGUGGACAGAAAGUGAAAUCUCAACUGAUUUCUAAAAGCCUGGCACACGUUAUGAAGGAUAAAUACAAACCCAACUUUCUAAAUAAAGAAAGCAUCUUAAUCACAUUUGGCUACAAUACCAAGAGCAAAGAACAUUACGGAGUCAUGAUGUACCACAAAAACAGGCUCAUCAAAGCCUACGAGCGUGUCGGAUGUCAAAAUCGGGCAAAUAACAAAGGAGUGGGAGUCAUUGCAGUGAUUGAGUGCAACUUCCUCAAGCCAACACACAACAAGCAGGACUUUGACUACACAGAAGAGUACAGAAAAACAAUGCAAAUUUUGGGUGGGAAGCUAGAAGAUUAUUGGAAAGCUAUCCGCCAUAAAAAAGGUUCUAACAGCACAGUACCUAUGGAGGAUAUCCCGAAACGUCCUGAUCAGAACUGGGCUCAGUGUGAUGAUUGUCUGAAGUGGCGGAAACUCCCUGAUGGCAUUGACACCAGUAAGCUCCCUGAAAAAUGGUUCUGUCGACUGAAUCCAGACCCCCAGUACAGGCAAUGUGAAACCCCAGAGGAAGCCGAAGAUUCUGAAGAUGAAUCAUCAGCCUACCUGAAAACAUACAAACAGCUUGAAAGAAGCCUAAAGAAAAAUGAACAGAAAAGAAUGCAGAUGGAAGAAACCAUGUUGAGGCAGAAACAGCCGUUGACUCAAGAGAGUCAAGUUCUGAGAAAAAAACCGAAAGACCUUGUGAGUCAACUCCAGCAAUCAGCCCCUUCCUCACCUAUAGUAGCCGAGAACCCUCUCAGUUCCAGACCCCUCCCACAAUCAGCCUCUAGCACCUUGGACAGCAUGCCAGUCAUUUCAAAUGUAAUCUCCCUCUCCACUCCUAAAAGGACAAUGAGAAGUCUAGGACUGACCCACAACCAAGCUGUAAAGAGAGCAAGAACAAGUAAUGGCUAUUCUAGCAACACACUAGACAGCCCAUCAUCAUCCACAGCUGCAUCAGAUGCCUUAAACUCAGUGAUGGGAAUCCCUGAUAAUAAUGGCCAUGUUAAUGAAAAGGAUGUAGAGGACAACAACGAUGAUGACAUUGUUAUUGAUGAGACCAACAGCACACCUAGACCCCCCAACUUUGACCUCACUAAGGUAAAGUCAGAAGGAAAGAAAAGUGAUGGUGUACUAGGAUUAUAUUUGGAGUGCAGUGAUCGAGAUUCCAUAGAAACACCUGCAAAUGAAGGUACCAAAAAAGCAACAAUGGACCCAUCAACUUCAAAUAGUCAAGCCAGCAUAACAACACAGACAGAAUGUAGUGUGAUCAUAAAAGAGGAGGAAGAACUGCAGAGGAGAAAAGGAGGAGGAGAGAUCAAAGGAGAGGAGACCGAGCCUGAUGCAACAAGAAUGGAACAGAGCACUACUGAGGUGGAAUGCAGGAAAGAUACAGACUUGGACGAGUUGAUCAGAGACCCUAUGGACAUUGAGAGAUGUCCUAGUGCAGAUAGACAGAGCAGGCCAAAAUCAGCUUUAGAAGACAAGGAAGGUGAGAGCUCACUUUUCUCUAGUAUAGACAUAAACAAUAUCUCCACCCUGGAGGCCCAGAAACAGCAAGACAACCUUUUAGAUCUCCUGGAGACCACAGCCCAGGAGCGAGAUGCAUUCAAGGGCCACACUCAAUUUCUGACCCUUCAGCUGGAGCAGAAAGAAAGCAAAUUACUGGAACUCACAGCCAAGAAAGAGAAUGCUCAUCAAAGCACCCAGACCGAUCAAUUAGAGGAACGGGACUAUAAAACACUUUUUCUUAAAACUACAGAGCAGGUUGAAGUACUCCGAAGAGAAAGGGAUGAGCUCAAGCAGAAAGAGGAGCAGUUGCUACAGAUGAAAUCCGAGAAGGAAGCAGCUGACCAUGCGUUUUGUGGCAGGAUACAAUCUCAGGAUGAGGGGCAGAGUCACGGUGUGGAUGAUGAAAUGGCUUUGCAAGUAGAUUUUCUCCUGAGAGAAUUGGAUCAACGCAACACAGAAUGUAUUGAAUUCAAAAGUAAGCUGAAUAUCUUGGAGCAGGAGAGAGUUCGCUAUGAGCAGUUACAGAAAGAAAUAGAAGAACUGAGGAGAGAAAGAGAAGCGUGGAGUAAUAGAAAAGUAGAGAACGGAAGCUGCAGCUCAGAGCAAGGUGCAAGCUAUCAGAAUCGGAUCAAAGAGAGUAAAGAGACCGAGGAAAUGCCAGUGGGGGGAGAGAAUGCGGUAACACAGUCAAAGUUAAGAGAGCUGAGAUUCAGUGUUGCACGUCUCUUGGUCACAUUUGUUCCCGCCCUGGACCCUGUACAGGUCAACUAUGACUGUGAUGUCAUAGAUGAGAUACUUAACCAGGUUAUAGAGACUAUUUCCCCCCCUGAGUCUACUUCCACUUAAAGACACUUCCAUGUCAAGAUACCAAAGAGUUCUGCCUGUGUUCAUUUUUUGAUAAAGCAAAAUGUUCAUGUUGAAUUUUACUUCAAUUUACUGUUAAGAUAAGUUUUAUUUAAUUUUAUGAGAGAAUUUUAAGUUGUUGAGUAACUGUUUAUGGAGUGUACUGCUGAGACAUUCGUGAACACAUUGACCCAAUUUAACACAAACAUUUCUUAAUUUUUUACAUGUUUUAUAUUGUUUCUUUUAUGUUUACUGCAUUUUAUUGGAAUUUAAAGUUUACAAAUACGUAUUUAGAUGAAGUUCAGAUUUUUAAAAAAUCAUAAAUAUUUUACUAUCUCAAAAUACACGUUAAGAUGCAAUUACAUGUUAACAUUGCAUGUCUUUUUUUUUAUACACAAUGGUGUCUAUUUCUGAAAAACUAUACACAUAUUGGUUGAUCAUUAGAAAGGUUGAUAACAUGAGAACAUUCUGUGUUAUUGUACAGAUUGCCUUUUUUGGAAAAAGCAUUAAAUAUAAAGUACAUUUUGUGUUUAAAAUGUUACUGUCACAAUGUUAUACUUUACAUUCAGAUCGCAAGAAUAUUUUCCCAUCACAAAGACAUGAGUAGCUGCACUUUUGUGUUAACAGAGUCCGUUUUCUUUGACAUUGCAGGUACUUUUUCUUAGACAAAAUGGUGUGUUUUUCUGAAAAACUUGUAGCGAAUCAGCUCUAUAUUCUUCCACCAUUAGGAAGCGAAUCAGCUCUAUGAAAUAUUAAUAAUCAAUCAUAACUUGUUAUAAUCGAUUAUGAAUAUUUGGAUCAGUUAAUCGGGUUAACUUGAUGUAGCUACAUUAACAUUACAACCAAAUACUCGGUUCAUCCCGUGAACACUCAAUUUUGGUUAUUAAUUAAUUAAUUAAUAGAAAUGUACAUUUCGGGGCAAGGGAAAUGUCUUUCUUACUAAGUAUUAAGAGCAAGUAGUCAAAAUCUAUGAUUAGUGACUUUAGAUAUGAGCUUGAGACACAGACAACUUUACAUGUGACAUGAACAAGACUUUAUUAACUAGACUAAACAUUUAAACUACUCUAACAUACAUAUACAUACAUUCAUACAGUUUACCAAGGGAAAGAGGGCUGAAGCAGAAUACAGGAAGGCAAGAAGUUAUAGCAUUGUUUGAAGUUCAGCAGAUCAACAGCCUGAGCAAACCAUCAUAUUAGUUCUGACACGCCCUUUUUAGAAAGGGGUGAGGAUACUUAAUGUAUCAAAUAAUGAGACUAAGUUUGAUACUUGCAUGUCCCAUUUGAAUUAAACUGUCCUGAUGCAAUUUGUUGAGGCUCCAGUUGAUCUUUGAUGAUGUUGUCUUGAUAUCUUUGGUGAAUGGAAAAGUCAAGGCCGUAGGUAGCCUGGCGCACGCUUGGGAGUCCUUGGGGCCUUCUAGUGUGGCAUCAUUCAGCGAGAGAGUGAGAGAGCACAAGGCUCAGAGGACCAGAAAGGCAGGAAGCCAGAGGAGCAUAACAGAGCGAAGAGAUAAGAGAGGAGAUAGGGCUAAGAGGGAAUAGAGAGAAAAUGGGCGCAGCAAUUUUAUACCCUUAGCACACAUGUCCCACCUCUCAUUGGCUCGACCAAUGAGAAGGGUUUGGGUUCCAGGCGGGAAUUUGGUUUAUUGCUCUUUGUUGUAAAAUUGCCCAUUGCAUGUGCAAGAAAGAAAAUAGGAAAUAUACUGGUAAUACUAAUAUGUUGUUGUUAUCGACAUAUCAUGUACACAGUCAUUUCAAUCUUCAAAAUACCAAGUUAUAGAGACCAAAUAUGCCACACAUAUGAUUUUGGUUAACCAUAGUAUGCAAAGUCUGAAACAUUAACCCAUUAGUUUGCAAGAAAACAUAGAUCAAGCACAUUUAAGGGAAAAUGUGAGAUGGCACAUUAGAUACAUGUCAAUAUUUAUCACAUGGAUAUAUAGAAUAUAUAUAUAGGAUUAACAGGGUUCAUUUCUCUUUCUCAGUAAGAGAAUGAAGGGAGGGUCAGCACUUCUCUGAACAUUCCUUUGGAGGUCGUAAAAGUCUCCCUUACUCUG